GGGAAAACUGAAGAGUAUAAAUAGUAGGCCACUCUUUGUGUAAAGAUGCCCUCUGUACUCUUAUAAAUAAUUUAAACCAAAUCUUUAUUACAAGUGCUUAUUAUCUACUAACAACAUUCUGAUUCUGUAUUUAAAACACUCCCAUUACACCUUUUUUCUUUUGUUCCUUUCACCCUUUUCAAGAUUUUCAAAUUCUAAGUUAUUCCAAGAACAAAGUGUAGUAUGAGUGAAGAACACAAGAAGAAAAUCAUGGCUGAGGUUCCUGAUGACGAUGAUGGAAGAAUUGGUGCUUGUAAAAGAGAAUUAUUUGCCAUUUCAACACCUAAGAUGGAGAGUUCCUCUGCGAUUACUGAACAAACAACGCAUGCUAAACAUUGGAGGAAACCGAAUCUAUCUUUGGAGAUACCUUCAAGGACGUUGGAAACCUCUCCUCAAGAGUUAGUACAGAUUAAAAGACCAUCCACGCCUACCCCUACACCCAAGAGGGUGAAUUUCCUUUUGACACCUAGUACUUCCGAUUCAAGAAUAACUACCAACACUUCAUCUCCUGGUCCUUCCCCGUAUCGUGGAAAAUCAACCAUUAGGAAUCUUUUCCCUAAACUGAGCUUGAAAUCACGUAUGAAUUCGGAUACAGAGAAGAUAACAACCGUCCCAGAUUCAGGUCCGGUUGCAGUUGUGCCACAACAAGAGAAGGUAUCCAUUUCAAGGUCAUGGUCACUUACUAAAAUGUUUACGCCUCGCAUUAAGACGACGUCAUCUUUGCCUGUUACACCAAUUGCACAUUCAAAUCCAGAGUCUAUUAGUGGAAGCAUCGGCAGCACAAAGGAAACACAUGUGUGCAUUUCGCGAUCAAUGUCUCUACCGGUCAUUAACAAAGAAAAAGACGGAAGCAAUAGGAGAGUCGAAUUUUUCUUUCGAGUUAUUCCUUCAACGCCUCAAGUGACGGACGUGGAGGCCUCGGUUCCAGCUACAAGUCCAGCUAAAGUACCUGAGGAAAAUGAGCAGGAUGGUGAAGAUAUACCGGAAGAGGAGGCUGUUUGUCGAAUUUGCCUAGUUGAGUUGUGUGAAGGUGGAGAAACGCUCAAGAUGGAGUGCAGUUGCAAAGGUGAACUCGCUUUGGCUCAUCAAGAAUGUGCUUUAAAAUGGUUUAGUAUCAAAGGUAACAAGACAUGUGAUGUGUGCAAAGAAGAUGUCAAGAAUCUGCCCGUCACACUCUUGCGCAUGCAAAGUGUUCGGAAUGCAAAUGCAGGAUCCGAUAGGCUCCGGCAUUUGGAAAUAAAUGGAUACAGGGUUUGGCAGGAAGUACCAAUUCUUGUCAUUGUCAGCAUGCUUGCCUACUUUUGUUUUCUUGAGCAGCUGCUGGUUGGGAAAAUGGGUACUGGCGCAAUUGCUAUUUCACUUCCCUUUUCUUGUGUACUAGGCCUGCUUGCGUCAAUGACAUCAUCAACCAUGGUUAAGCGAAGGUUUGUCUGGGUUUAUGCAUCGGUCCAGUUCGCCCUAGUAGUACUAUUUGCACACGUCUUCUACUCCCUGGUUCGCGUGCAAGCAGUUCUUUCAAUUCUUCUAUCAACAUUUGCUGGCUUUGGAGUUGCAAUGAGUGGAAGUUCAUUAAUCGUCGAGUUCUUUAGAUGGAAACGACGACGAGCAGCCUUGUUAGAGCAGCAGCAAAAUGCACAGAUGGUUUUGCCUCCAGGUGGAUGGCGACAGAUGAAUCAAUCUGCUACAUCGACUCGUGUAGGUCCUCAAAAUAUUCAGCACGAUAUAGAAAAUCCCGAGACGUUUAGUUGGACCUAAGAUUGUGUGUUAUGUUACCAUUAUAGCCAAAAAAGAGAGUGAGAUAUGUCCAUACAGAGUUGUGGAGAUUGAUGUUUUUGUACAUUUUAGUAACUUAUUGCCUUCUAAUACAGGAAAAAUAGGAGUACUUGUUGUUGUUGUUGUAUUGACGAAAGAAGUUGUAAAAAGUAAAAUGCUUAUAUGCAUAAGGGAGUGCAGAAAGUAGAAAGAAUUCUCUUUGUUCA